AGAUAUGACUGUUUAUGUUUUUAGUAGUAUGUCCGUAAAUGCGGCUUGUAUAGCUUUUUACUACAUGCGAAUUAUGUGAUACAUUAACAUCAUCAAAUUUAAUAUGCUCGCUAGUCGUAUUUUUAUCAGUUGAUAUUUACUUAUUUUAAUUAUUAAAAAAAAAAAAAAUUAAAAAUGCGAAGAUCGGCGGUAUUGUUAUGUGUUUUUUUAUUGUGUUGCGUUAAUCGCGCUUUUUCAUUGAUUCCUAUUCCUUUACCUUUAAAUUAUACCGCUGGAGGUGUUUGGCCGAAACCUGUGAAAUAUAUUAGUUAUAAUAGCUUUUUGGUCUUGAGACCGGCUAGUUUUAAUUUUAAGGUUGAACGUUACGACUGUGAUAUUAUUCAAGAGGCCAUUAGAAGAUAUUACCAUUUAAUAUUUAUUAACGCUAAUACCAAUCAACAAACGUCUAAUGAUAGACACGAUGGCAGUUCACGAAGAGAAGACACAUUCAUCGGGUACUUGGAUGUUCUACAGAUUAACCUAAUGGCACCGUGCGAGAUAUUUCCGUCAGAUUUCAUGGAUGAAAGAUACGAGCUUCUGAUAAAUGCCAACGGAUACGAAAGCAACGCUUUAAUAGUCGCCCAGAGUGUUUGGGGUGUAUUACGAGGCUUGGAAACUUUCUCGCAAAUCGUAGUUCCAAUAAAUGGAAACAGAUUCGCCGUACGAACAACGAGUAUCGUGGAUUUUCCUCGAUUUUCUCAUCGUGGCUUACUCAUCGAUACAUCUCGUCAUUAUUUACCUGUCAAAACGAUUAUACGUGUACUUGACGCGAUGUCUUACUCGAAACUGAAUGUAUUACAUUGGCAUAUCGUCGAUGACCAAAGUUUUCCUUAUCAGAGCAACACGUUUCCUAAUUUAAGUGAUAAAGGUUCCUACGAACAAUACCUCGCAAUUUAUUCGCAAGUCGACGUCAGAAGGGUAAUCGAACACGCACGUCUCAGAGGUAUACGUGUAAUACCGGAAUUCGACUCGCCAGGUCAUACGUUAUCCUGGGGUAAGGGAAUUCCCAACCUUUUAACGCAAUGUAGUCACUCAUAUCCUCAGCCAUACGGUCCCAUUGAUCCGACCAACGAAUACAAUUACGUUAUUUUAGAGAAAUUGUUUAAAGAAAUACACGACGUGUUUCCGGAUAAGUAUUUACAUUUGGGAGGCGACGAAGUUGAAUUUGGAUGUUGGGAAAGCAACGAUAACAUAACUGACUUCAUGAGAACAAACCGCAUCUCGAGUUAUCCGCAACUCGAAGCAUAUUACAUUUACAAAUUGUUAAACAUAACCAACAGAUUGAACGCAAAAGCUAUAGUUUGGCAAGAGGUAUUCGAUAACAAUGUUCCUUUACGAAACGACACCAUCGUUCAAGUUUGGAAAGGAGACUAUCUGAACGAAUUGGAGAAGGUGACUCAUUACGGUUACCCUACAUUACUAUCGAGUUGUUGGUAUUUGGAUAGUUUAGAAAGUGGAGGCGAUUGGGAGAGAUUCUACAGAUGUAAUCCUUUAGCUUUCCCCGGAACUCAAACUCAGAAACGUUUAGUUCUCGGAGGUGAAGUUUGCAUGUGGGGUGAGGUCGUCGAUGAGACGAAUAUACAACAGAGAAUUUGGCCUAGAGCAUGUGCUGCUGCCGAAGUCCUCUGGUACGGUGGUACUUCUCCCGAUGCCCCGGAAAGAAUCGAGGAACAUGUUUGUAGACUGAAAAAACGAGGUAUUCCGGCACAGCCUCCGAAUGGACCUGCUUUUUGUCCUUAUACUGUGAUGUAAAAUAAUACCUAUAUCUAGGCACCAAAAUGUAAAUACCGAUUUGUUAUUUAUUAUAAUUCUAACCGAUAAGGAUUGUUUUGUAAAUUUUACUCGUUGAUCGUCAUGUAUAGGAUUUCAAUAAAGCGUAUCUGUGUUGCAAAAUAAGAUAAAAUAAACUAGUUUCAAUUUUUGAAUAA